AUUUUACAUAGGAGAACAGUGGAGCACACGACGGGGGAAAGCCUCACGGCGGAUAGAUCGGAGACGAUACGAGCUCGCCGCCGUCCCAGCGACCGGCGAGCCCCAGCGCCACUGACGCUCCGAGGCCACACCGCCCGACGCCUCCAUCCGGCUCCUCUCCGCCUCAAGCCGGUCGGCCGGCCGGCCGGCGCGCGCCCCAGACGAAGCCACCGGAGCCGACGCCGUCGCCUCCUCCUCCCGACUCCACGCCAGCUUUUGGUGGCUCAUUUGCUCGGCCGUAGCAGCCCUCAGGCCAACAGAGAUCCAGAUCCACCAUCGACGAAGAAAACGCUGCAUCCCCCAAAUGAAGCACAUAUUCAAGAUCAUCGCGAUGCUGGUGGCAAUCGCAGCUAUCUGGAUUGCCCUUAUUGAAACCUCAACUGUCCCUCGAAGUUAUACUUGGUUGCUUCCCAUCUACUUGGUAGUGGCACUUGGGUGUUAUGGACUUUUUAUGGUUGGAUUUGGGCUGAUGUUCUUCCCAACUUGUCCUCAAGAAGCUGUACUUCUACAGCAGGAUAUUGUGGAGGCAAAAGAAUUCCUAUCAAAGAAAGGAGUUGAUGUUGGUUCUGAAUGAUGGCAAGAUCAACGAUAGAUGACUUGUGGCCAGUUUGAGAUCUUUAUAUGAGUUGUUUUGGGGGCUUAGUACCUAGGGAGAUGUAAGAUCAGAUACUGCUACUAACACAAUUUUACAUGGUCCAUGUUGAGUCCUAGCCACAGUACUGCAUUUAUUGAGACCCUUUUUCGGUUUAGGAAACAUAUUUCUUUUGUGAAGUAAAGGAGAGAUGAUUGUGAAGUAGGAAUGGUCUGUUAACACGUGCAUUAUUGUUGAGGAAAUCGGUCUCUUCA